UUUGCCAUAUGAUUUAUGCUUUUCUAAAUCCAAAUUUUUCUUUCUUUCUUCAGGAUGGCCCCGGAAGUAAUCCUAUGUGAAGCUAUCAAAGACAAUCCAUACAACUAUAAAGCUGACAUAUGGUCAUUAGGUAUCACUCUCAUAGAAUUUGCUCAGAUUGAACCCCCUAACAAUGAUAUGCAUCAAAUGAGGGUGCUAAUAAAAAUUCAGAAAUCUGACCCUCCGACUCUAGACUAUCCUUCCAGAUGGUCCCCUGCAUUUAGUCAUUUCAUCAGCAAGUGCCUCAUCAAAGAUCCAGCACAGCGUCCAACGGCAGCUGAAUUGCUACAGCAUCCUUUUAUCAAAGCUUUUACUAACAAGAAAGCAAUAUUAAACCUGUUGAGUGAAGCAAAGGCUGAAGUGGAGGAGACAGUUCUUGAAAUGGAUGAUGAAGAAGAUAUAAAGUCAAUCAAGAACAUUCCAGAGGACAGCAAAUCCUUCGAUCUGGACACAAUCUCCAACCUGAAUAUUGAAGACAUGGAGAAAACAGACCCGGGCAAGGAUGACAUUAUUAUUGAUAAUGAUAAUAAAGAUAUUCCUGCCCCUGAUGACUCCAGCACACCCUCACCAGCUUCCGUUACCUCAGACAAAGACACGAAACAGAGCAAAACUGUUUCAAAUGAUUCCAGUAGUGUUUCCAUUCCUGAGCCUUCUUCCAAAAUUCCCCAAGCUUUACCCGAUACUACUGAAUGUGCUUCUAACAGUCCAGAAGUCCCAUCUGAGGCUCCAACCCCUAUCAGUGAAAGUUGCAGCUCCCUGUCUGACACCCAUGAGAACAUUGCACAAAAGCCCACCAGUCUGCCUGUCAGUAGUAAUGAUACCAUGGCUGAAAUUAGUGUUGAUAAGAAAUCAUUGGAAACCACUGAGGACUUAGAUCGCUCCUCUGAUGAAGGGUUAGGUCCUAGUGGAGAUGAGAAGUCUGAUGCCAGUGCGAGCCCUGCUAAAAUUGUCGAGGACAAAAUUUUGGUUCCUAGUGGUCCAGCAGAUACUGUGAUUUCAACUACGUCUCCAUCAGAUAUACUAAUUCAGCAAAAGGAGGAAGAUUCUAACAAAGCUAAUAUAGCUUACCAGAUUCUUGAAGACAUCAUUGAUGACGUCAUCAAGUCAACAACUGUCCAGCCUUCCAUUCCAGCAGUUGUCUUUGAUACAGUUAGUGAUGUGGUCGGAGAAGACAGAGAGAUUAAUGACCAAGAUGAAGUGCCAGGUGAUUUCCCUUAUGAGAAAAUUACCAGUGACGAGCCCAUUAGUGCCUUAGAUGAGACGGAGGUGCAAGAAGUUAAAGUCAGCAUUUUAGAGGACAAUGAAGACAAUGUGCCAUGUGAACCAUUAACUGAUUUGAAUUCUGUGUUUACAAUCAAUGGACAAGUGAUACCAGAAAACCAUAAUGAAUUUGUUGCUAAUGGUUAUGUACCUGGGACAGAAAAUGGUACAUAUGAUAUGAACAAUGUGUCUGUGGCUAACACGAAGCCACAACCAGUCCAACAUACGGACUUAGACACAUUUGAAACUAAACUGGAUAUUUCAAACCCAGAUGAUGAUGAACGACUAAAAGAUUCUGAUACCCUUACCUCCCUCAGCAGUUUUGAGAAAGAGGAGAAGAAACCAACAAAAGAUAAUGCUGUGUUACGGUAUAAGCAAAGGCAAAAAACGGAAACCAAGAGCCAUUACAGAACCAUCACUAAGACCAGGAAAUUUAUCAAGGAUGGUGUUAUGGUGACAAGCACCACUUCGAAGGUUAUAGCAAUGGGAGAAGAAAACAAAGUUAAAGAUGACCAUUUUCUCAGGAAGCAAGAUCUCCGUGAAAUGAAACGUUUACAGAAAUCUGAAAACAAACAAUAUCAAGCUCUUAUUGUUAAGGCCCAGGUUGCAAAAGAACUCCAAGAUAAGAAAUUUGAAAUGGAAAUGCAGGGUCUUUUGAAAACUUACGAACAAGACCUGGAUGGGCUGACUCGCCAGCAGAAACAGCAAGCGGAAAAGGUAGAAUACAACCAAGGAAUGGAAUCAAAGACAGCAGCCAAGAAAAUUAAGAUAGAGCAGGAAAAAGAGUUAAAGAUUUUCAAAGAACAACAAAGGCAGGACAUGAAGCUCUUGAAACAAGAACUAGACCUUCUACCGAAAGAUACUAAAAAAGAAUCAUUACGGAAGCGAAAAGAAGAAAAGGAAAUCGAAUUGGCAGAUAAGGAACGCCAAUUUUUAGAGAACCAAAGAGAAAGAAUGGAAAAACAUAUGAAACAACUAACUGACCAGCACCGACAGAAGAUAGCUUUAUUGGAGAGUCAAUACCUUCAACAGAAACAGCAACUUCUGCGAGCUCGAGAAGCUGCUUUAUGGGAAAUGGAAAAGAACCAACUUCAUGAUAAACACCAACAAGAGAAAGGUCAGCUGAAAGACUUGUUCUUCCUUAAAAGACAUCAAAUGCUUAACCGGCAUGUAAAGGAAAUUGAACAAAUGAAACGAAGUAAUGCAGCCAAGGAAGAAGAAGUUCAGCGCUACCAAAUUCUUGACAAGAGGCGCCAUCCAAAAGUGAUUAAGAGCCAAUCAAAAAUCCGUGCCCAGAUGUUCAAACAGAGUUUACGGCUGAGCACCGUUGGAACACCUGAAGAAGAUAGAGCCAAGAUGAAACAGUUUGAAGAAAAUGAAAAGAAACGGAUGAAAUCUGAGUUUGCACGUCUAGAAACUAAACACAAGAAGCAAUGGGAUAAAUUGCUCUUGGACAAUGAGACCGCUCUCAAGGAAUUGGAACAAAUACAGGCUGAGAAACGCAAGAUGUUGAUGGAGCAUGAAACUCAAAAGAUUAAAGAAUUAGAUGACCAGUAUCAAAAUCAACUCCGUAAAUGGAAAAGUGAGUUGAUUCCGCGGAAACAGAAACUAGAAGAAGAGUUUUUCCACCAGAAAGAAGAUCAAGAAAAGUUUUAUGGUAACACAUUAUUAGGUUCAGGUGAUGGCAACUCUGAAUCGAGUCUCAGUCCUGGAAGUCUACGAAAGAAGGAUUCUUCCUCAGUUCGGCACUCAACAAUUAUAUAGGAGGAAUUCUUCCUUUUCAUCACUUUCAAACCAGAGAUUCCUAUGUAAAAAUAAUGAUAAUUUUAAUAAUGAUGAUAUGAUAAUAAUAAUUAUAAUAAUAACAUAAUAAUAAAUAUAUUAAUGAUGAUGAAAAAUAAAGGACGACAACAAGAAAAGAAUGUGCUAUAACUCCUCUCCUCUUUCAGUUAAACUGUCAGACACAAGUCUGUUAUAGUUUGUAAGUAUUUGAUUGUAUGAAUGAAAGUGGAGCCCUCGUCCCAUCGAUGGCUGUUUACUUGAUCAGUUGAUUAAUUCCCCUAAAUCAUAUUGAUUGCAAUCUUGAAAGCCUCAUCUUCCUAAUGCCUGUUAUAUACCCCCACCUUUUGUUAUAGGCUGUUUUUAUUUUAACCAUGAUAAAAGCUUUCAGUUUAAAACUGAAGUUUGUUCUUUUUUUACAUGUUUUUUUCUUGUUCUGUUACACUGGAAAAAUAAAACAAAACACUCGCACAUGCACACACACACAUGCACACACACAUGCAUACACACACACACACACACACACACACACACACACACACACACACACACACACACACACACACACACACACACACACACACUGAAUACAUGCCUGUUUACCAUUCUACUUAUCUUUGUGGUAAGAAUUCUGUUUCUUGCAGAAAUAUUUUGUUAACAUUCAACCUGUAAAAGUUUCCAGUAACUUCUGUAUGAUUUAAUAAAAGCUAACUAAAUUGUUGAUCACUUA